UACCUGAAGCCAAAUAUCUUUCAGCGGUUCGAAGCUUUAAAGUCACGUGCCUUGUGGACAUCAUCCAACUCUAGAGCCAUCAAGCACGGUUCAACUAUAUAUACCACAUAUACUACUAAACAUCACCAAAGUAUCGCAAGACACAAAACUGACACCUCCGAUACCAGCGCAAACCCCCUCACGCCGACAUCACCAGUUCCCCAUCCCCAACCUCAAUCCCAUCACCACUCCACCAUGCCAACCCCAACACCCGUCACACCAGCACACACUUCCUUCCGCCCUCACUCACUUCUCUCGCCCAACAACCCCACCGAACUGGCAUCUCCGAUCCCAUCACCCUCCCCACAAUCCCUCCCCCGCAGCAUCAGAUACAACGCCCUCUACUGCCCCCUCCUCUUCCUCCUCUACGAGCAUCUCGUCACCACCCCCCUCUCCGGCUCCUACACCCUCGCCUGGCCCUCCCACCUCGCCUCCCUCGCCGUCUUCUGCUUCAUCGCCCUGCCUGUCGCGCUCUUCCCGCCCCGUCGUCUCGCGACCCAUUGGCAGCGUGCUACUCUCGGCGUCUAUUGGGCCACGCUGCGGGUCGUGUGA